AUGAUAGGCAAAAUCCAGAACAAAAAGAAGAAACACGAAUCAUCUUGGAAACUUGCAAAGCUGCUUAUAAAGAAAGACAGAUCAUGGGAAAAAACCCAUACAAAACCAGAUAUAGGAAUCAUAUCGUUUGGAGAAACAGAAGGAAGCGAAUCAGAGAAAGAAGGUGUAGUAGGAAAGAAAGAAGAAAAGAAGGGAAACAAUGAUAAUGUUAAUCCUCUACCAUUUCCUACAACACCAUUGCUUAUAGCUACUAGCACAGGUAUAGAAGAGAUCGUUAAUGGCAUAUUGAAAGAGCAUCCACAGGCUGUUGAGCAUGUCAGUGAUGAGGGACUCAACAUUAUGCAUGUUGCCAUUAGGCACCGCCAAAGGAAUAUUUUCAAACGUGUAAAGAAGAUGAAGAUUCUGAUGGUGAGGCUGGUUCGGAAAAUUGAUGACAAUGGCUAUACCUUAUUGCACCAUGUUUCUGACAUGACCCAUUAUUAUUCUAGUGGAAGUUUGCCUAACGCUGCUCUCCAAUUGCAAGAUGAAUUGAAAUGGUUUGAGCGUGUGCGGAAAAUAAUUCCAUCCCAUUAUGAAAUGAACCACAGAAAAGUCAACGGUCAAACAGCAGAAGACAUGUUCGAAAAGUCUCACGCGGAGCUUCACAAGGAGGCACAGAGCUGGCUAAAGCGGACAUCGGAAUCCAGCUCGGUCAUCGCGGUGCUCAUCGCCACCGUAGCCUUCACGGCGGCCUAUACGGUGCCGGGAGGUUCGGAUCAGCUCACCGGCCAUCCGAUACCGGAUGAGUCUAAAGUCCCUUCAUUAUCUCACUUUCUCUCCCCGGUUCCUCCCCCCUACAAAAAAAUGACCCCUAUUUUGAAGAGGAAAGCUCCCAGAUUUCCGCGAGUCUCUCCCCCGAAAGCUUACAUUGGCCUUCACGUUCCUGUUCCUAUCCGUGGCGUCCACGAUGCUGGCUUUCUCAGCCACCGUGAUUCUGAUCGUCCACAUGAAGAAGCGGUGGAUAACCACCCUCGUCGUCUACGGCGUGGCUUUUGUUCCAGUGACCGUGUUCGGGCUCUUGCAAUUCCCUCUCUACGUGGCGUUCAUGGGGACGGUCAAGUACUCUCUCACCAUCCUGAAAAAGGCUCUUCCUUGGAAUUUCCUUCGGCUGUUAUUGUUUUGCAAUAA